AUGGUCCAAACGAUCGAUGCCGAGCUCGUAUCUGUUGCCGCUAUAAAUAUCCAUCACGGCUUGGGCCCGUUUCAAGAGCCCGUCGAAUCUCCUCAUCUCGGGCCCGCCCUCUUCGUACCUCUUCCCGAACGCGAUCCGGCAUAUCAACGUGCUCCCGAGCUCAAUCGCCAUCUCGCUCAAAUUGACAGCCUGGCGGCCGCUGGCUUCAGGCCGGGCCGUUAUUCGGGCCGAAAUCCGGGCCACGAACCGGGCCAUCUCGUCCUCGCGAACGGGCCGGAAGAAUUGAGUCUUCUUCGCGCUGAAGAGAUGGAUGGUCGUGAUCUUGCGGACCUCGCGCCAAUACUCGUCGUACGAGGAGAAGGCGAUGUCCGAGCAGUCGUACGAGAGGCGUUGUUGGCCGAGGGAUUUGGGCCGGCCGCAGAAAGCGAGGUCUUGGGCCUUCAUGACUUGCUCCGCGAGCUUCGCGGAGGAGACCACGAGCAUGGGCUUCGGGCCGAGGCCCAUGCGCACGAUGGGCCCGUAUUUCUUGGAGAGGUGAUGGAGGUAAAGGUGUGGGGCGUCGGAAGCCGCGGCCAAGUGGUGCAAGUUGCCGAUGACCGGGAAGCCGGGUGGGCCUGGUGGGACCCGGGCUUCGGUCGGGCUCUUCUUGUGGUUUUUCGUGAGGUGGAGAAAGAUUAUUGGGAGUAUGAGGAGGAGAAGGAGGAGAAGGAUGUUAUGUUUGAUCUCAAGCAUGGAAUGAGGAGAAAAAAUUCCUAA